AUGCGACGUGCGCCGGUCGUCUCGCUUUACUCCCAGUCGCCUCUUCUCGACUCCUCCCCCCUCAGACCGGGGCUACCCAUCUGGCAACGGCCUUCUAGGCACCUGUCGUGCACUCCAGUCACUGUUGAAUGGCUCUCCAGCGCCAUCAUCGUGCCGCACACCAAAGCCCCAACGCCUCCAGAGCCCUCUACCCAUCUCCCAACAACCGCGUCGCUCGCCGCGCACGCGCAAAGUUGCACGGCCUGCCUCGCCGCGCCCAACUCCUCCCCCCAUAAGACAGCGACCACACCCCCACCACCUCCAUCUGCGCCCGCGCGCGGCGCAAACAAGCGCCGUCGCACAGAGUGGGACGACGAUGACAGCGACACGGACUUUGGUCGCCCUAUCUCUACACCCAAACGCCGUCGGCACCUCCCCUACGAACUCCCGCUCGGCCUCUCCUCGACAGAUUUCUAUUCCCUACACUCUCCACCGAUCACACAAUCACCACCUUCUCCCGCGCGCCGGCAGGCAAUGCCCCCGGUGCAAGAACCAGUCGCGCGCAUCGAUCCUGACGCGGUCCUCCCCUCCAUUGAAGAGCCAGAUGAGCCAUCUAAGACUACUUCCGAGGAUUGGGCCGCGGAUGAGGAUCAGCGCUUGAUUGAGGUGGUUCUGGAAAAGUUCCGCCUCUCUCAGCAGGAAUGGGAUGAGUGUGCGCGCCAGGUGGGCCGCCAAAAUGGCGCGGAUCUCGGGCGCCGAUGGCACUCUCUCGUUGGAGAGGGACGGGUCGGUCUGCGACGCCGACAAUAA